AUGCAGUCCAGCGGUUCCGAGCUGCACUACACCUUCCUCAGGAUGUCCCCUGAGAGGUUCAACCACCUGUUGGGACUCGUGAGGGAGAAGCUGACAAAAUGUCCGUGGGGACGGAAGGUAAUUUCACCAGAACAAAGGCUUGCCAUUACACUGAGGUACCUGGCUACAGGGGACAGCGUAAAAUCGAUGGCCUUUUUGUUCCGCGUUGGUUUCGAGACUGCGAGGCGCAUCAUCCUGGAGACUUGCAAUGCUCUGUGGAAGACUCUGCAGCCAGACUACAUGCCUGAACCUACACGGCAAUUGUGGGAAAGCUCUGCACGGGAUUUUGCAACUAGGUGGCAAUUCCCCAACUGCAUUGGAGCCGUUGAUGGCAAGCAUGUAAAUAUCCAGGCGCCACCACUUAGUGGAUCAAUGUACUAUAACUACAAGCACGACUUUUCAAUCAACCUGAUGGCCAUAUGUGACGCCACGUACAAAUUCAUUGCAGUCUCCAUUGGAGACUAUGGCUCACAUGCUGAUGGGGGAGUGUUCAAGAACUGUCUCAUCGGUCUCGCACUCGAGAAUGGGCAGCUCGACAUUCCCCCACCAGUGACGUUGCCUGGAACUGAUGUCACGGUGCCCUGCGUGCUAGUCGGCGACGAGGCAUUUCAGUUAAGACCUGACUUUAUGAGGCCAUAUCCCGGAGCAGGUUUUGCGGAUACAACUGACGAAGCAGGUAACACAAGUGAAGGCCAGUGGGGGGUGGACAGCCAGUACAACCCACCAGGUGCACUGACAGCAGUUCAUACAUCCUUUGCAAGGAACUUUUGUCGUGAUGCAGCUGGAGUUAGGUUUCGGCUGACACAGUACUUCUGCACCGACGCAGGCCAGGUUCCCUGGCAGUGGGACCUCUCGGACCCACAUAACUUCUAG